UUCAUACUCUCGAGUGUAACAAAAAGUUCCGACCCAUAGGUCGGAACUUAAAAUAGGAAGUUGGUUUAGGACUUACCCCCGAUAACCUUUUACCCUCUUCGUCCCUUCUUCCCAUCGUCGCUGAGCACCCUCUCUUCCCGUCUUCGCCGUUGAGCACCCUCUCUUCGCAACACGACCCCUCUCCUCGAAUUCAGCCCUGGGCCAGCGCCUUGUUCGCACCACGACCCCUCUCUUCGAGCUCAGCCCUGAGCCAGCCCUCUGUUCGCAGUACGCCAUUAUCUCAUGUAGGCUUCUCUCUUCGGACACAGUCCUCGUUAGGGUUUACUCAGCUAUCAUUGAGCUUCGAUUCUUGUUAUUGAUUAAGCCGGCGGCUGGUUUUAGUUGGUGACCCCAAUUCCCUGUAAAAUGUGGCUGAUGGUGUUUUAAGGGCGGCAGUUGGAUUAACCGGGUCGUUGUCGCGGCUAUUUUCAGUAUUUGUAGCUAUGCUAAAACCUGAAAUAUAAGCCAAGCGUCAGCACUUACAGAAUUUUACCCUCAUCUUAUGGUAGCAAAGCGCGGCACCUUGAUAGAUCCUUGGCCUAGGAGGUCAAGAAUUCAUAGAUGUAGGGAUCAACUCUCUGAACCUGCAACCAAAGGUCGCUUUCAGGUUCGGAAAAUAUCUAGAGCCAGGUCAAGAAAUCAUUCAGAUGAUGGCUUGCAGAAAGUAGAGAAAAUGGAAGGGUUUAAACAACACAAGGGAACUGAACACCAGAAUUAUGCGAUUCUUAAUACUUCAAAAGGUCCGAUCAUAGUAGAGCUUUACAGGAAAGCAGCGCCCGAUACUGUGGAUAAAUUCGUGGAAUUGUGUCAGAGGGGUUACUUCAAAGGUUUGCUUUUUCACCGAGUGAUAAAACACUAUGUUAUUCAAGGAGGGGACCCAAAGGAGGUUGGAUCUGCUGAGGAAUGGACUUUUAGUGGUAAAUCCCACAGUCAGCUUGCUAUCAGUCCAAAGCAUGAGGCAUUUAUGAUUGGAACUUCAAAGCCCAAACAAGACAAUACAGGAUUUGAGAUUUUCAUAACAACUGCACCCAUUCCAGAUUUGAAUGAUAAGAUUACUGUGUUUGGAAGGGUAAUCAAAGGGGAAGAUGUUGUUCAGGAAAUUGAAGAGGUUGACACAGAUGAGCAUUACCAGCCUAAAACCCAGAUUGAGAUCAACAAUAUCGAGCUGAAAAGGAGUAUCUGAGUUUUAUCUUUUCCUUCAGGCAACUAUGAUUAUGUCAUAUGGUUGGUUUAUGGGACCUGUCAAUGCUAACACCAUGUUGAGGAAGUUUCAACCUGUGCUACUCAUUUUGUCUGGUUUAUCCUCCUCAUUUGAGAGUUUGGGUAUGACUGUUUCAUAGUGAGUGCUUGGGCUCGUCUUCUAGAAAGGCCUUUGUAUUUUUAGUGAAGUUUUGUUUUGAUUCUGCUGCUGUGAACUGCAAGGCGUGGUUGAUUAGAAACUGAAGGAGUUGUAUUGUGAUCAUUUAUAUUAUUGUUUCCUUUUAAUUAUGAGUUGAAAAAGUAGUAAUUUACUAGAAUUC